GAAUGGGACUGGCGGGAUCUGCUUUCUGUAAUUACAGAAAUUUCAGUCUUGUCCAAGAUAAAGAUGAAGGGAUCGAUGAAGGAGCUGACGUUUCAAGAUUCGGCGGACCUACGCAGGUGCUACCUGUACAUUCUCAGCCAGGCACCAGGUCUCGAAUACUUCAAGAACGUCUUGCUCGUCGGGUCGUCUCAGGACAAGCUUGUGCCUGUGCAUUCUUCGAACAUACAGCACUGUUCGGAAUCGCUGGUAGACAACACCGCCGUGGGCAAGACGUACGACGAGAUGAUCAAGAACCUUCUCGGUCCGCUGCUGAAGCGUGAGGACGUAACGCUCAAGCGCUUUGACGUCUUCUACGACACCGGUCGACUGCGAUACUUGGAACCGGUGUUCCUGAGCCUGUCGCACGUUUGUGCGCUCAUGUCCCGGAACCUGUUCGAGAAGUUCAUGCUGCUCUCGGCCGCCGAAUGCUUCAAGUGACCGCGGCGAAUUCCUCGACAGGACUCUAUAGCUAUUCCCUUGGUGCGUUACAAGGAAUAUUAUUUGCAAAAAAAAAGAACUAUAUCUGCAGGUUACAGCCAAGGUUUCUGAACGCGAUACCAAAAAGCACUGCGUUCUUGUGUUCUCCGGAGAAAAAAUGUCGACUAAAUAUAUACUUGGGACGGGACUAUAUACCCAGAUUAAAUCUGCAAGCUCAUGUCCUAGGAACUGUUCGAGAGCAUCGUGCUCCUAUCUGCCGCUGUGUGCUUGGUGCGACGGCUGAAACAAUAUCUUGGCAGGUAGCCAAACUAUUCCUCUUUGUGUCAGAGAAUAUUGUUUGCGGAAAGGAUAUUUUUUUGACGAAAAUAAUAUUUGAGGAACCUAAUGUUACUUCCAUCCCGAAACUGUAAAACAAAAUUUUAAUGAGUUGGUAUACCAUUCAUAUAUAAAAAUGGCGAAGUAAUUCCUCGCAAAUUCUCCCUAAUUUACGACAUACUAUAGGUUUAAUUGCAACACACGCAUAGCAAUAUUUUCUUCACCUCAAGAGUUAGAACCGGUUACGACCAUCAAAUGCCAUCGCACAAUUUACGAUGCUUGUUGAACAUAAACUUCAUUAAUACAUAAUUAUCUAACGAAAGUACACGCGAAUCUACCCAUAUUAUUGCUUGCCACAUAUUGUUUGUGGAAUUCUUGUGUAUAUUCUAGUUAUGAAUAUAAUAUGUUCAAGUGAUUUACUGAUCAGUGCCUUGUUUUUCGAUAAUUGUAAUUGCAUUUUUAUGUUGUCACGUGGCUCUGAGUUUAUUUUCCAGUCGCUAAUUGGUACCACGUUAUUACUGCAUUUAUUGUUACUUAUUCACCAAAAGUGGCCAAGUUUGUUUUAAGGGGCUCAGGUCCUUAGUAAUGACCUCGUAGAAGCUUUUUCUAUGUGCCUGUACUAUUGCUGUGAUGUGAAAAAAAGAAACUGGGAUUUGCAUUUGAUUUCAAGAUCCCCAGACAAGAGCGCGAUACCAUGGUUCGACGUGUUCGUGUACUCGAGAAAGUUUCGAUUAA